AUGGUAAAUAGAAACCAAAACGCCGAUGAUAUCAUACAACAAGUUCGACAUUACGAUUUGGCAGCAGAUAAUAAUCUAGCAGCCAUGGUCGAGAGGAUUAUGGUUCAAAAUGGGGUAAAUUUUGGCCUUCAAAGACCAAAUUAUGCAUCACAUCUGUCAGAGUAUAUCUUACAGGCAAAAGCAUCCCAUAGAACAAAAAUCCCCAAAUUUACUAAGUUUUUUGGGGAUACCACUGAAUCAACUGUCGAGCACGUGACUAGAUAUUUAAUUGAGGCAGGAGAUAUGUCAAACAAUGAGAGCCUUAGAAUAAAGUUUUUUCCAAGUUCUCUCACCAAGAAUGUCUUCACAUGGUUCACCACCCUACCCCAAAGUUCGAUCCACACUUGGAACCAACUAGAGAGAAUGUUCCAUGAGCACUUUUACAUGGGACAAACAGAGAUAAGUAUGAAGGAAUUGGCUAGUAUCAAACGAAAGUUUACUGAGCCAAUUGAUGACUAUCUGAAUAGGUUUCGAUUACUCUAA